AUGCCAUCCCUUCUUAAUGAAAUAGAAGGAAGUCAAAUGAACGGAGUGAUUAUCCCAUACGAUUUAAGUUCAUCCUCGUACAAGAGCUUUUCUUUCUGGCAAGACGACGAUGAUGAAUGGAUAGAAAAUCUAAUGCCACGUGACCUGGAAGCCAAUGAAGUUCCAGUGAAAUUGGUCAUUGUGAUUAGUAACAAUCUGAAAUAUACUAAUAAAGGCGCUGACAGUUAUGCACUGGAUAUAGCCAAAAAAAUUCGAAAUGAAAAUGUUAACGCGCCAAUUUGCAUUAUUGAUCAGCCGGAAAAUCGAAG